CUGCCUGGAAGGAGACAGACCAGAUCAACUGGCAAGGGCUACAAAGGGAUCUGCUGGCGUUACAGAGGAGACACAAAGCAGAUGGAGACACUCACUGCUCCAGCCUAGGAAGGAUUGUCUCUGAGCAGCCAGGGGAGGGGAUUGGAUCAGGGCGCUGGGGAGCGAGCCCUUAAUGUUGCUCUGUGAUGACUCACCUCGGCUUAGCAAUGAUUUCUGAUCUAAGGCUUAAGAAUUGCCCUUGGCCUGGUAUUGAAAAGCUAUGGUGCUGCUGUUUGGCAUUUGACUGUCAGGUGUUUUGUCUUUAUUUAUGGUGCUGAUGGGGCUUGGAAAUCACCCAGAACCCUGCUGGCUAGCUACAAAAACUGUGUUUGAGUGUAGAAAGCAAGCAAGCAAGGACUAUAUUUUGUUACCCCUCUGGCCUGCAAAGGCCCCCUGAAGGAGCCAUCGUGUGACUGGAUUUCUCAGAUUCAGAGUCACUUGUAAAGACUCGUUUCUUUUUUAUGCAGCAUCUUGAAGCAUUCUUGGUAUCUUUUUUCCCCUGCUCCUAAACAGCUUGGGUGUGCAGGGAUUUUUACAUUAACCUGCAGGUAAGAACGGCACCCACUUGCAAGAUUCAAAGAAUCAAGCAGGACUGUGUGGCUGUGCUUUGAGCUAAUUGGAUAUUGAUGUUCGUGGGGAGUGAGCUGAUUAUUUGUUCAGUCUGAAGCACUAGGAACUGAAUGCUGCCCUGGGGACUCCCACCAGUCAGUUUACCGGCAGGGUGUGCAGGGGGAAGGGGUGGAGAGAUUAUUGACAGUCUUAGGAGGUAAACUGGACCAUGUUCAGCCAGUCAGGAUAUCAAGCUCUUCCACUGGGGGACUAUAACCGUUUCCCACAGUCCAGCAUUGGAGUCUAUGGAUCUCAGAAGAGCUUAUUUUCCUUUGGGCAUGUGCAAGACCCAUGGGACCAGGUCCCGCAAAUGAAAGGUUCCUCCCAGCGCUGUCUGUCAUGGAUUUGCCAUGGGAUUGUCACAUCUUUGGCCUUCCUGCUGAUGGUCAUCACCUUCCCCAUCUCCGGAUGGUUUGUCUUGAAAAAAGUCCCUGCCUAUGAGCGAAUGACUGUAUUCCGCUUGGGCCGGAUCCGAGCCCCCCAGGGGCCAGGCAUGGUCCUGCUGUUGCCAUUCAUAGAUCACUGGCAACUAGUAGACUUGAGGACAAGAGCCUUUAACGUGCCACCACGUAAGGAUCCAGUGCUGUCUGUCAUGAUGGUGAAGGAUCUGAAUGCAGCCAUCCGAAUGACGGCCCAAAACGCCAUGACCAAGACCCUGCUGAAGAAGAACCUGAGGGAGAUACAGACGGAGAAGCUGCGGAUUGGGGACCAGCUCCUGCUUGAAAUCAAUGACAUGACCAAGUCUUGGGGCCUGGAAGUGCAUCAGGUUGAGCUGAUUUUGGAGGCAAUGCUGCAACCCUCCCAAGAGAGUCUGUCUGGACCUCUGACCAUGACACCCCCGAUCCCUGGGUUUGAAGGACUAGAUAGCACCAUUCAGCGGCUGGCUGCUCACUUCUUUAGCAACAGCAUGGCGGUGGCAGCAGCAGCUAGUCCUGAGACAGGUAACCAGCCCGACAGCGUGGUGACAGUGAAUGAGGCAGAACCACCAACUCCUACCAUCACCACCACCAGUAGCAGCAGCAGGAGGAAACCUAGCCCUGAGGAGCUGCUGUCAGCUGUGGAGCUGUUCCUGUCUGAGUCCUUGGUUAGCGCAGUCAGAGCUUCCUACCAGUUCAACAUCAUACUUCUGAGUGGUGCUCAGGGCACCUACUUCAUAGAUCUCACUGCAGGCAGUGGGCGGAUUGGCCGUGGGGACCCUGAGCGCAACCCUGAUGUGAUUCUGGAGAUGAUGGAAAAUGACCUGCAGGCUUUCUUCUCAGGUGAACUUCAUCCUCUGAGUGCCUACGUGAGCGGGAGGUUGCAUGUCAAGGGCGACCUGAGUGUUGCCCUGAAACUGGAGGAGCUCUUCAAGGCAAUGAAACAACGUAGAUAGAGAAAGAGAAUGUGUGUGAGAGUGUGCAUGCACAUGUGUGCAUGGUGUGAGAAGGCAGGAGUAGCAAAGAGUCUGGCAGGAGAACCAUCUGAUUGUGAAGGGAGUGAGGAUUCAAGCUCUUCUAUUCUCUAUUUCAUGCUCUGGGGAUAUUGAUCAUUGCCCAGGGAAGCAGGAAGACAAAUCCCCUCUUUGAUGGGAUCCCUGGGGUACAGCCUGGGACCAUGGGACUGCUGUACCCCCUUAACUCUCCAGCCUGGGCUGUCUCUCACAAUGCUUUGCAAAUGAUAAGCAGCAAACCCCUCUAGGUGCUGUGAUCACUCAGCACAACUGCAUGUGGAACCCCACACGCAGAUUGCAUGAAUGCUCCCAGAGCCACUCAUGAAUCACAGAGAAAGGCACCAGCUGAAUCCCCCCAGUUCCCAGCACUGUACUUCAAGAAUAUACCAUCUUGCACUGCUCAAGACAGCAGUGCAAGUUUAUUAAUUGGUUUGCCACUUCAUCAAUGGAAAUUGGAUAUACACCAGCCUUUGCAAACCUGAGCAGAUUUACCAAACACU